CUGUGCUCAGCGCUCAGCCCCACUCCCCCUCAGCCUCCCCAGCGCACAGACACAGGGAGGCGCGGGUCUUUGCAGGCCGGCUCCCGGGAGAGGGUGGGAGCCCCCGGGGUUAUCUGGUCUCCGGGGCGGAGGCUGAGUCCGCCGUUCUGGGGAAGCCCUAAUCUCCCGGCCUUUCCGUACCCAAGCAUCCUUGGAUGCUGGCCUGGGGGCGCGGGAUCACCAGGCGCACCAGCCUGCGGGACUGGGCUUCUCUAUACAGGACUGGAACACAGUCCGCAGACAGUCAAGGUGCAUGUGAGACAGCAGCUGGGGGGUGGACACAGGCCCCCGCAAGGUCCUUUCUCUGGAGCCUUCCCCUGCCCUGGACUUCCAGCUCUGAGCUCAGUUUCCCCCGCAAACACCUCACUCAUUCCCAAUCAAACUCCUCCUGUGUGGUUGGUUAGAGAACCGCCCUUGUGUGAGCCUAUGGAGGUAUAGGAGGUGGGGUUGUUCUCAGAGAGAGGCGGGGCCUGAGGACCGGCCUGAGCCGGUUUGGCUGCUGGCCACCGCUCUAAGGACCCCCAGACGCUCAGGACUCAGGUCUCUGGGCCACACACUAGCGUCCGCCCCGCAUCCCUGAGCCAUGUGUGUCUGUGGGACGUUGCACCCAGCGCUGGACCACGGCCCCCAGCGCUGCCAGACGGGGCCCCAAGACCUCCUUGAGGCCCGGAGGCCGCUGGCCCAUGAGUGUCUGGGUGAAGCCCUGCGUGUGAUGCGCCAGGUCAUCUCCAAAUACCCGCUCCUGAACACUGUGGAGACGCUCACAGCUGCGGGCACGCUCAUUGCCAAGGUCAAAGCCUUUCAUUAUGAGUGCAACAAUGAAUCGGAUAAGAGGGAGUUUGAAAAGGCUCUGGAGACCAUUGCUGUGUCCUUCAGCUGCACUGUCUCUGAGUUCCUGUUGGGUGAAGUGGAUAGCAGUACCCUUCUGGCCGUGCCCCCCGGGGACCCCAGCCAGUCCAUGGAGAACCUUUACGGACCCGGCGGCGAGGGGCCCCCGCCCGGUGUGGAGGAAUGUGAGGAGGGCUGCCUGCCCCCCGAGGAGGUGGACAUGCUUCUCCAGCGCUGUGAGGGGGGCGUGGACGCUGCCCUGCAGUACGCAAAAGACAUGGCCAAGUACAUGAAGGACCUCAUCAGCUACCUGGACAAGCGGACCACUCUGGAGAUGGAAUUCGCCAAAGGUCUGCAGAAGGUUGUUCACAGCUGCAGACAGAGCAUCACCCAUGAGCCCCACAUGCCCCUCUUGUCCAUCUACUCACUGGCCCUGGAACAAGAUCUGGAGUUUGGUCACGGCAUGGUGCAGGCAGUGGGCACACUGCAGACCCAGACGUUCAUGCAGCCCCUGACCCUGCGGCGGUUGGAGCAUGAGAGGCGCAGAAAGGAGAUCAAAGAAUCCUGGCACCGGGCGCAGAGGAAGCUGCAAGAGGCAGAGGCCAACCUGCGCAAGGCCAAGCAGGGCUACAAACAGCGCUGUGAAGACCACGACAAGGCCCGGCUCCAAGUGGCCAAAGCCGAGGAGGAGCAACAGGGUCCGGGGCCCGGGGCGGGGACGGCAGCCUCCAAAGCCCUGGACAAGAGGCGGCGGCUGGAGGAGGAGGCCAAAAACAAGGCCGAGGAGGCAAUGGCCACUUACCGCACGUGCGUGGCGGACGCGAAGACCCAGAAGCAGGAGCUGGAGGACACAAAGGUGACGGCGCUGCGGCAGAUCCAGGAGGUCAUCAGGCAGAGUGAUCAGACCAUAAAGUCGGCCACCAUCUCCUAUUACCAGCUGAUGCACAUGCAGACAGCUCCGCUGCCGGUGCACUUCCAGAUGCUGUGUGAGAGCAGCAAGCUGUACGACCCAGGCCAGCAGUACGCGUCGCACGUGCGCCAGCUGCAGCGGGGCGAGGAGCCCGACGUGCGCUACGACUUCGAGCCUCACGUCUCCGCCAACGCCUGGUCCCCAGUCAUGCGUACACGGAAAGGCAGCUUCAGCCCUGGGGAUGCUGCAGGACCUGAAGCUGCUGGCAGUCCCCCCGAGGAAGGUAGCACCUCCGAGGAGGCUCCCCGCAAGGACCACAGGGGUGGACGUGGUCACCAGGUACACAAGUCCUGGCCCAUCUCCAUCUCGGACGCCGAAGUUGGCCUGGACACCAGCUCAGGGGACUUUAAGAAGUUCGAUCGAACGUCGUCCAGUGGGACCAUGUCAUCCAGUGAGGAGCUGGUGGAUCAGGAAGCUGGCUUGGUGGCCUCAGCCUUUGAUUCAGCUGACCUCAAUGGCAUGGACCCCGAGUUGCCUGUGGCCAUGCCCAGCGGACCCUUCCGCCACGUGGGACUGUCCAAGGCGGCUCGCACACACCGACUUCGGAAGCUACGCACGCCGGCCAAGUGUAGAGAGUGUAACAGCUACGUGUACUUCCAGGGAGCCGAGUGUGAGGAGUGCUGUCUGGCUUGCCACAAGAAGUGUCUGGAGACUCUGGCCAUCCAGUGUGGCCACAAGAAGCUUCAGGGCCGCCUGCAGCUGUUCGGACAGGACUUCAGCCACGCAGCCCGCAGCACCCCCGACGGUGUGCCCUUCAUUAUCAAAAAAUGCGUCUGCGAGAUUGAGCGGCGGGCGCUGCACACCAAGGGCAUCUACCGGGUCAACGGCGUGAAAACGCGUGUGGAGAAGCUGUGCCAGGCCUUUGAGAAUGGCAAAGAGCUGGUGGAGUUGUCGCAGGCCUCGCCCCACGACAUCAGCAAUGUCCUAAAGCUGUACCUGCGGCAGCUGCCCGAGCCCCUCAUCUCUUUUCGCUUUUACCACGAGCUGGUGGGGCUCGCCAAGGACAGCAUCAAGGCAGAGGCUGAGGCCAAGGCAGCGAGCCGGGGCCGGCAGGACGGGUCCGAGAGUGAGGCUGCAACCGUGGCCAUGGUGGGCCGCCUGCGGGAGCUCAUGCGGGACCUGCCUGCGGAAAACCGGGCCACACUGUUGUACCUGCUGCGGCACCUGCGGAGGAUCGUGGAAGUGGAGCAGGACAAUAAGAUGACCCCUGGGAACCUGGGCAUCGUCUUCGGGCCCACGCUGCUGCGGCCGCGGCCCACCGAAGCCACCGUGUCCCUCUCCUCCCUGGUAGACUACCCGCACCAGGCCCGUGUCAUUGAGACUCUGAUUGUCCACUAUGGCCUGAUCUUUGAGGAGGAGCCAGAGGAGGCACCCGGCGGCCAGGAGGGGGCCUCCACCCACUGUGCCCAGCUGGAGGCUGCUGAGGGCCUUGUCUUCCCCCUGCAGGAGGUGGAGGAUGGAGGCCGAGAAUCCCGAGUGGCAUCGAAUGACUCAGACUCGGAGUUGGAAGAGGCCUCUGAUCCCCUGUCGUCCUCCGAUGCCAGCGCCCUGCACCGCCUCAGUUUCCUGGAGCAGCCCGAGGCUGAGGCAGGUCUAGAGGAGGGUCCCCAAAGCCGCAGCGGCAGUGAGGAGCAGCUGGAGGGUGAGGAUGGAGAGCCGGGCCAACAGCUGUGCGCCUUCAACACCAACCAGUCCAACAACACCGCCUGGGCGCCUCUGCCCACCAUGCGGCUCCGAGGGGGCCAGAUCACAUGUAGCCCCAGUGGGGACCGGCGGCCACAGUUCGUCUGAGCUGGGUAGUGAUGGUGGGGACUAUCAGCCCACUGCCAACCACUGUAAGAGUCACUAACGGCCCUUGACUUGGGGGGUUGGCUUCCCACAAGAAACUUCAGGGAGCUCAGGGGCCCUGGCACUGUGGGGUGUGGCCUGACACAGCUGGACAUUGGUCCCAGAUGGAGUUGCCUGACCUCCGUGCGCCUGUGCAGAUGCAGCAGCUGGAUUCCCAUGGUACCCUCAUCUCUCCUGUGGUCCCCAGCAGCCCGGGGUGCAAGCCGCACCCUUCUCUGGAUGUGUCGGGAUGGGAGCACCAUCAGGGUUAGAGGCCUUUCAGGACGCUGUGAGUGAGUGCAGGCCUGGUUUCUGUGUGCGGAGCUGGGUGUGGCUCUGGUGACAGGAUCCCCGAAGGAGGCUGAGCAUGGAUAGAUGGGAGAGGGGUACACAGCAGACCUCUCCCAAGGUGCAGUGGACAAGUUUUUCACAUGUACCCCAUUUUGCUUGAAAUAAACUUAACCUCCUGAGCUAUCCUGGAACUCACUCUGUAGCCCAGGCUGGCCUUGA